AUUUCUGCCGUUCUGAAACACCAGCUGCAGCUCUAAGAAUAUCCUAUGUCGUUCGUCGUUCGACAUAGAGAACCUGAAGUCGAGGCAGUGCACAAGAACGACAAAGACACUCCACCCCCUUUGAGGUCCUCGCCGCAUCCCUCUUCCUUCAGCUCUUCUCCAUAACAAAUUUUGAACAUGGACGCCAUCAAAGACACCAUGAACAAGCUGGCUUCGUCCCUCCAUAUCGGAGGAGGCCAGCAAGAACCCGUCGCCGAAGCACCCUCCGAGCAAGAGUUCAAGGACUUGAAAGAUGCAUACGAAAAGGCCGGUCAGGGACAAGUCUUCACCUUUUGGGAUGAGUUGAAGCCGCAAGAGCAAGGCGAGCUAUACCAGCAAGCAAAGAGCAUCGACCCACAGAACAUCAACAAGAUCACAGAACAAACACUACACCCAGCAAAGUCAGCAAACGACGACAAGAAGGCAGAGCUGGAACCUCUGCCAGAAUCAGCCACCACUUCUACAAUCGACAGCAACGAAACCGAUCUGAAGAAAUGGUACGACUCGGGCUUGCAGCUCAUCUCAGAGGGCAAAGUGGGCGUGGUGCUCAUGGCAGGUGGUCAAGGUACACGACUGGGCAGCUCAGCGCCCAAGGGCUGCUAUGAUAUCGAGCUUCCUAGCCACAAAUCGCUAUUCCAGUUACAGGCAGAGCGAAUCUGGAAGCUACAGAAUCUGGCAAGCAAGAUCCACAGCAAAGAGGAGGUUACAAUUCCUUGGUAUAUCAUGACUUCGGGUCCUACCCGCAAGCCUACACAGCAAUUCUUCGAGGAGAAGAAGUACUUUGGCUUGAAUCGGAACAAUGUCGUCUUCUUUGAGCAAGGUGUUUUGCCGUGCAUCUCCAUGGAAGGCAAGAUUCUGCUGGAGAGCAAGACUAAGAUUGCGGUGGCACCAGACGGAAAUGGUGGGUUGUACAAUGGGCUGAUAAAUGCUGGUAUUGUGCGCGACAUGGAGAAGCGUGGUGUAAAGCACGUUCAUGCGUACUGUGUGGACAACUGCUUGGUCCGUGUGGCAGACCCGACCUUCAUUGGCUUCAGCGCUGAGAAGCAGGUCUCGAUUGCGACAAAGGUCGUGAGGAAGCGCAAUGCCAAGGAGAGCGUUGGCCUGAUCUUACAGAAGAAUGGCAAGCCUGAUGUUGUCGAGUACUCUGAGAUUGACAACGAGACAGCUGAGGCCAAAGACUCCAAGGACAGCAACCUACUCAAGUUCCGUGCCGCCAACAUCGUCAACCACUAUUACAGCUUUGAGUUCCUAGACUCCAUACCACAAUGGUCUCACAAACUACCUCAUCACAUCGCCAAGAAGAAGAUCCCCACUGUGGACGAGAAAGGCAACGCCGUCAAACCCGAAAAGCCCAAUGGCAUCAAAAUGGAACAAUUCGUCUUCGAUUGCUUCCCGUUCCUAGAAAUGAACAAAUUCGCAUGCAUGGAAGUGAAGCGUGAGGACGAGUUCUCGCCCCUCAAGAAUGCCAAGGGCACUGGUGAGGAUGAUCAGGAUACCUCACGAAAAGACAUUUUACUCCAGGGUAAGCGCUUCUUGGAGGAGGCUGGAGCUGUGGUUGUGAGCGAGAAGCAAGGCGAGGGCGUGGAAGUGUCUCCUCUCAUCAGCUAUAGCGGCGAGGGUCUCGAGUUCUUGAAGGGCAGAGAGAUCAAGGCGCCCGCGGUCAUUGAGAAAGAGGACUGAGAAGUAUGUCGCGACUAUUUACUGCAAGAGGUACCUUACCUAGGUAUGAUUGAAUCGACAGAGACUGGGACACAGGUAUGGAGUACAACAGAGUGUGCUGGGGGAAGCAUUCGUCCGGUCCGUCGGCGGCUGGCUGCCUACAUUAUCUACUGAUUUCUGUGACUCUGUCCCGCUUGUUCCAGAUGUGUCGUCUUC